AAUACUACUUGAGGGUAUGAACUGCAACGCUCUUGAAUGUAAACACUUAUUGGAUUGUGCGUAUGGCCGGACACUGUUGUUAAUACUUAAUGCGGAAACCUUAAAAAAAACACGGAAGGUAUUUUGCGAUUCUGAGAAAGGAAUAUCCGCUUUCGGAAUCGUACUUUCGGUUUGAUCUUCAUACCUAUCAAUUACGGUUAGAAGAAAAGUACGAUGUCUGCAGAUAUGUCUGCAGAUAAGUUCGUUACCGUGGGGAUUAUCCAAGUUCGAGUUAUCAAAGGAAUUAUAACGGACCAGCAGGUUGAUGUCAUUGUGAAUAGCAAUAGACCUGACCUUGACCUGAGUAAAGGUCGAGCGUCUAAUGCCUUGUUAUUGGCUGCUGGUGACGUAAUUCAGACAGAAUGUAAACAGAAAUAUCCUAAUGGGAUACAGGACGGGGAAAUCGCCAUUACCUCUGGGGGACAAUUAUCGUGCAAGGCGAUUUACCAUGGGGCUCUCUCUAAGUAUUCUUCAGUACAGGACGAGCAGACUCUUCAAACACUUAUCCAUGCCUGUCUAGAUCAAGCAAAUACGGAUGGAUAUAGGACAAUCGCAAUUCCAGCCCUGGGAACUGGGUUUCUCGCCUACCCAGUGGACACUGUGGCCAGUAUCAUGUUUGACUCUAUACAUAAAUGUGCACACCAAUCUCUAAAAGAGGUCAGGAUUGUUAUAUACACAAGUGAGAAUGACUGUUUCAAGAAAUUUUUGGCUGAAGCGAGGACAUACCUUCCAAAAGGUAGGGGAAAGAGAGGUCAGUCUAAAGGAAACACUGACGGACACAAAAUUGGCAACUUGGCGGUAGAAGUGGUGGUGGACACUCUUAGCUCUAUACAGGCAGACGUGUUAGUAUGUAGUGGACCGAAAGACUUGCAGCUAAAUAAUGGAGCUUUAUCCCAAGCCUUGCUGGAAGUAGCCGGGGAUGAAAUGCAAGAAGAACUUAGCACCAAUUAUCCGAAUGGCAUCGACUUUGGUGAAUGUGCCAUAAGUAAAGGAUUUAAUCUCAGCUGUAGAUAUGUAUACCAUGGAGCAUUGCCUAAAUGGGGAAGCAACACACCGGAUCCUUCUUUUAUCUUGAAAAAGUUUAUGUAUGAGUGUUUAGAAGAAGCGAACAAACAUUCAACGAAGUCAGUAGCAUUUCCGACCCUUGGCCUAGGCGCACUUCAGUUUCCCGUGGACCAAACAGUGAAACUUAUGGUGCAAACUCUCCGUACCUUCAGCAGAAAGCAUCGUCAAAUGAACAUCAACAAAGUUAUAAUAGUUGUAUACAGUGAGAGCAGAGAUAGUUCAACAGUGAAGUCUACAUUGUUGAAGGAACUUAACAGCCCGGCAGUUUCAGCUGUAUCAAAAUCAGUUUAUUCUGGAAAAAUCGACAAUGUCUCGAUAAAUGUGAUAGUUGGGAGUAUCACGGAAGAAAAGGUGGACGUCCUUGUGAAUAGUGUCUCUACAGAUUUGGGAAUGACCUCGGGGACUGCAGCUGCGGUUUCUGCUGCAGCUGGCUCAGGGAUGACUAACGAAAUUGCCCAAGAUUAUCCGAAUGGAAUUACAUAUGAUGACGUUGCUGUUACCUCCGGCCACAACCUAACAACUGUUAAGAAAAUAUACCAUGGUGCCCUUCUUCCGUGGUAUUCAAAACGCUCGGGAUCAACGAAACUCCCUGAUGAGUUACUGGAGGAAUUUGUCUUGAAAUGCCUUCAGAAAGCGAACUCUAGCGGUCACUCAUCAAUAGCUUUUCCAGCUCUCGGAACCGGAUAUCAUAAAUUUCCAGCAGAUGUUGCAUCAGCUAGUAUGGUUUCAGCAUUUGAUGAUUUUUGUAAGCAAACUAAAAACAAAACUGUCUUGGAAAUACGCGUGGUGCUAUUCGCAAGUGGUCCUGAUCUGCAGCAAUUGGAAAAGGCCUUCCAGGAUGAAUUAGGGAAUUUGUCACCGGGAAAUAGUACAAAAGAAUCAGGAACAGCCGGGAAACAAGCAAGCAACACUAAACACAUACCUCUUCGAAGGCGAGUCCCUACAGUAGCUCCAAAACGUGGAACAAAAGCAUAUCUCAUAUAUAAAUACCAGGAGGCUGCACGGACCCCGCCCUACUGGACGAAAUUUACCUGUCAGAAGAAACUCAAAGAUUGGAAUUUAGCGGUGAAAUCUGGAGCUUCAUCGCACAUGGAAAAUGUCGACCAAAAUACUUUUCAAAGUAUUGAGGCUGCUUUUAAAAGUACGUUGGGUAUAGCACAAAUUGUCAGCAUACAUAGAAUAGAAAACGUUGAACUUUUCUUGAAAUACACCGAUGAAUGUCAAAGACUGUUUCGGAAAGCGAUUGUGGAAGGAGAUUUUGUACCUUUGGAGAAUGUAACGGGUUCAAGUGGACCGGCUAAGACAAUGCAAUAUUUGGAUUCGACGAUGCUGAAACACACACAUCCAGAAAUAAACGAGUAUUAUUUCUUUCACGGAACAAAGCCACAGAGCGUUGCUGUGAUUUCUGGACAGGGGUUAGACAACAGACUGGCAUAUACAGGGGGUUUACUCGGGACAGGGGUCUAUGGCGCAGAGGACGCUUUGAAAUCCAAUGGAUAUACAGGAAUGGAUACCAACGGAUGCCGCCCGAUGUUCCUUAUGAGAAUGUGCCUUGGUGAUAUUCAUUUGACGACAUCCACUUGUAGCUUCACGAGGCCACCUUGUAGAAUAUGCGCCCGGCAAGUUUGUAGCAGUCACCAGGAAAUAUUUGACAGCGUGGUAGCGAACUUUCAAUUUCGAGAGUUUGUUGUAUAUGACAGAAGUCAGUGUUACCCAGAAUAUCUUAUAUGGUAUAAAUAAUAAGAAAAUUAUGUUCCCUUUAUAUUCAGUAUGAAUGUUUGUUACUGACUGUCUACAGAAAUAUGUCGGAUUGUUAAGAUCCACACAAGGCGAUGCACGACCGUGUCUUCUAUGAACUUACACAACCCGACAUAGUUCCGUAGACAGUCGGUAACAAAUCUAUCAAGAAAACAUUUGUUUCCAUCAAUUGUCGCCCGAAGAAAGUGCCAACUUUUUGUUAAUAGGAAUAUGCUGCAAGAUAUGUUUAAAAGUUUAGCAUUGGACAAACUUUGAUCAGAAACACUUCACUUAGGUCUGUAUCCGGUUACAUAAGUACAUGUACAAAUUAAGAUGUUUUACAAAGGUCUUGUUAGUGACCACACGCUUCUUUGCUUUCAGUGUUCAUGCGUUGCGUUUUUCAACAGUUGUAAUAAAAUAUGGUAUUUAUUCAUA